AUGCUCUGGUCCGAGGAGAGACGUGAGCUUCAAGAGAAAGCACGACACCCCGCGUUCCACCAUGCCUCGGUCCAGAAAGCUAGCAGCACUAACAUAUGCUAUAUGACCUUCACUCUGAAACUCGAGAAGCUGGCUUCGUUCCCACCGGAUCCAAACUCAUCUCAAAGCACCAUCAACACAGUCGCCAAAGAGAUUCACUUGCUGGGAGGAACCGCAGUUGCCAUAGAAGUAAACACUCGCUCAACAGAGUCAGUGAAUGCACUGUUUGCCAAAGUGUCGUCCAAGCUUGGUCGACUCGAUGUUCUGGUCUACAACUCUGGAGCCAUCUGGUGGUCUUCGGUGGCCAACACGCCGGUCAAGCGAUUCAAGCUCAUGCAGGAAGUCAACAUCGAAGGCUUAUAUGCCAGCAUACAAGCCUCAUUUCCUCUGUUCGAGAAGAGCGGUUGGAAAGGUCGAGUUGUUGUCGUCUGUCCGCCAAUUUAUAGCCGCUUCUUCAGAGGCAAAACUGCAUAUGCCGUUGGCAAAGUAGGAAUGAGUGUUCUGGUCAAAGGGUUGUCCAUGGAUUGGAUCCGAGAAGGCAAGACUGACAUGGCGGUUACUGGUAUCUGGCCUGCAGUAGCUAUCGAAAGUGCUGCAACUCAAGGCGCUGUCGCUGCAGAAAUGGAUAGGAGCAGCGAUCUGAGGAAAGCCACUGUGUUCUCAGAUGCCAUACUAGCCAUGCUUGGCUCUCCUGCGGCUGCGGUCAAUGGACUACUGACCACUGAUGAAGACUUUCUUCGAGACGUCAAAGGUGUGACUGAUUUUGGCAAAUACAGUCUCAUACCUGGAUCUGUCCCGAGAAGAAUUAUGCCAAAGGACUUUCCGAAUCUGACCGUCAAGGAGCAGGAUGAUGAAGGUGUUAGAACGGAUAGCACAAUAUUACGCGCCCAGCGUCGUUCUAAGCUCUGA